ACGAAUAUAAACUGCAAACUACUAAGUAUGCCAUUCCAGAUCUUGUUAUAAUGAGAAGUCUGGGUGCAUAUUUAACAUGAAAGAAAAUACUAUUAUCAACUUUGCAUCUUAUUCCUGCAUUGCUUCGUUUCACUAAAGCUUUGGAACAUUGCUAUAAUUCUGAUACAUCGUGUAGUCAUCGCUCUUCUGACAAUUCAAACGAUAGAACUACCAGAAUGGAGGAAAUUAUUGGCGUUCUUAUGGCAAAGAUAACGACGAUCUCAUUAGCCAAUUGAAAAAUUAUGGAAUCAUUACGAGUGAUGAAGUUGAGAAAGCCAUGAGAAAUGUGGAUCGUGGCAACUAUUGUCCUCGUACACCAUACCUAGACUCACCACAACCCAUUGGUUAUGGUGUUACCAUCAGUGCACCUCAUAUGCAUGCACAUGCACUGGAAAUCUUGAAAGACCAUAUCAAAGAUGGAAGUAAAGUACUUGAUGUUGGCUCAGGAAGUGGAUAUCUAUGUGCUUGUAUGGCUGAAAUGGUUGGUAAAUCAGGCAAAGUUAUUGGCAUAGAUCACAUAAAAGAACUUGUGAACUUAUCUAGAGACAAUAUCCUCAAAAAGGACAAGUAUCUCCUUGAUGGUAAAGUGAAAUUAAUGGUUGGUGAUGGUUGGAAUGGUUGCCUUGAUGAGGCUCCUUUGAUGCUAUCCAUGUUGGAGCCGAGCAGCUUCAAUACCCAAGGCCUUGAUAAACCAAUUGAAGCCUGGAGGACGUUUGUUUAUACCAGUUGGUGCAGAGCAUGGGAACAAUAUCUUGAACAGAUUGAUAAGCAACAAGAUGGAAGUAUCACAAGGAAGAGGCUGAUGGAAUGCGUUAUGUACCUUUAGUUAACAAGGAACAAAGUUAAUAUUAACUUUUUCCAAACACUUUGUAAAUAUUGAAAUAAAUUACUUGUUCGAGAAUAAAGGUUAACUUGGGUAAA